AAUCACAUAGCCUUUAUAGGACCCUCUCUCUUUCUCUACAGUACUCUUCUUAUUCCUUAAGUCUUGCAAUAUUGAGACCUUUUAACUGUAAAACAGUGGUCUAUCCCUCUAUACAUAGGACACAGCCUUUAUCACUAAUAUAUCAGCAACAUAUUAUUCUUCUUGCAUAAUAUUAGACCCCCUCAAUUCUCAUCAACCCAGAAGGAGUUCUCUCUCUCUGAAAUCUCAAGCAAUUUCUCACCCUCAGAGGCACCGGUACCACCAAACCUAAUCCACGUCUCAAACAUGGAAACCCCAAACGCACAGAACCAACAACUAGUGCAAGAUCAUCACCAAGAACACCCUCAAGCUCAAAACCCUAAUCUUCCAUUAGAUCUAAGCCUCUCAAACAAGGAAUCCAAUCACGGGGCGAAGCUGGAACUCAACCUCAUCAACUGUUUUGAUUCAAACAACACAUCAGGAAACUCUUCAUCAGAGACUUCCAGUCCCAAAGGUACUACCACUACUGAUUUCGAGCCAAGGGUUUUCUCCUGCAAUUAUUGCCAGAGAAAAUUUUACAGUUCACAAGCGCUCGGAGGGCACCAAAAUGCUCAUAAGAGAGAGAGAACACUUGCCAAAAAAGGGCUCAAGGGUAAUUGUGCUGCAGCAGAAGCAGAUGCCUUUGAUAGGCUGCCAAGUUUACUCUCCACAUACAGAUUCUCCAGCAUGGCAUCUCUCCCUUUGCAUGGGUCCUUCAAUAAUAGGUCACUUGGCAUACAAGUGCAUUCCACAAUUCACAAGCCUUGUUACCAAACAAACACCAUUGGAGGACAUAAUGGUAAUAGUGGGUGGCUGAGACGACCUAUUGAUCAACAACCUGCGAUCGGGCGGCUUGUUCCACCUAACAAUGUUUUUCAUGUGCAGGGUGGCGGCAUAGGAUCCUCCUCCUCCUCAUCGAGUGGCGGUGUUGGAAGGUUUUCCUAUAGUACUAAUGUUCGGAAGUUUUCUCCAGAGACGGAAGGAAUUGGAGGAUUAUGGUGGAGUAAUAGUAGUAUUGGCCAUUUUAAUACUAAGCAAGAUGACUUGCAGAAGCUUGACUUGUCCCUCAAGCUCUAAGGCACUUUCCCAGUUCACUUUUUCUUUUCUUUUCUUUUUUUUAUCCAAAUUUUAAACACAUCCAUGUUAACUGUUCAAUUUCAGGUUUCCUCUAUCUUUGGUUUUCAUGUAUGAGUGGCAACUUUUGUACAUUCCUUUUAGCUAAAGUUGACAUUUUCAGAGAAGUUUGUUUUUAAAUUUUUGGCUUUGAAUGUAAAUCCCAAUCCCAAAUGUUGUGACACUUUUUUUUUUUUAAUAAUUCAACGGUUAUGAUCCAUGUAACAUUUGAUCUCACGAUCUAUAA